GGUCCUUCUACCAGGUGUGGUUCUAUGUUAAACCACAGGUUCUAUGCGCACUUUCUGCCCCAGUGGUUAGCAGGUGAUUUCGAUUGAAGAAUCUUAAUGGGUCCAUCUCCAAUUUCAGGCUUCAAACGAAACACAGGUAAGUUUGACAUCUGACUUUCCACCAACAUAUGGCGUAGAGGCCCAGCGAUCUGCCCAGCUUAUGUUUUCCUUGCAGUCCUAGAUUCCGUAUGAGGGACUCUGUCUCCAGGCAUAAGUUGCGUGUAGCGGAUCUUCUUAUCAUAUCGCUGUUUGUUUCUUGGUUUUGCUUUCCAGCAGUGCUCUCAGCAAGUUUGUAAGUAGCUUGUAACUGUUUCUUCAUAUCAGAUACAUACUUGAGGUAAGUUCUCUCUGAAGAGCUAUCACUCGAGACUCCAAAACAAAUAUCAACAGGCAAUCUAGCUUCACGUCCAAACAUCAAAAAAUAUGGCGAAUAGCCAGUCGCUUCAUUCCGACUACAGUUAUACGAGUGCACUAGAUGCCCAACAUACUGACUCCAUUUGUUCUUUCGUGUAGGAUCAAGAGUUCCAAGCAUGUUCAACAAGGUUCGGUUGAAUCUCUCGGGUUGCGGAUCUCCCUGAGGAUGAUAUGGUGUUGUCCUUGACUUCUCCACUCCAAGCAUAUUCAGUAGCUCAUGGAUGAGUCGACUUUCAAAAUCUCUACCCUUGAUCACUAUGCAUCCUCUUGGGCAGACCAUAAUGGAUGAAGUACCUCUCCCACAAUACCUUGGCGACCGUGGAUGCUUUCUGAUCCUUCGUAGGAAAAGCUUGAGCGUAUCUUGUGUAAUGAUCCGUAAUGACAAGAACAUCGCUGUGUUACUGGAGUCAGGCUCAAUGGACAGGAAAAUCCAUACACAACAAGGUCCAUAGGUCCAUCACUUUGCAUAUGACCAAGCGGAGCAAACUAUCUUUGGAAGUGUUUUCCUCUGUACACAGCGAGCACAGGACUUACAGUACUCUUCUACUUCCAUCUUCAUGCGUGGCCAGUAGAAACUGGUCUCUGACAAGUCCAUAUGUCUUGUCAAAUCCUAAAUGACCUGAGUCAUCAUGCAGCGACGUGAGAACCAUAGUUUUGAACUUCUCUGGAAUAAGUAAUUGAGCACGACGAGUCUUGUUUGGCGGAUGUGUGAUCCUGUACAUAACUCCAUCUUCCAUCUUUAGCUUCUCCCACUCUCUCAGGAGCAAAGAGAUGAGUGGAUGUUUUGUCCUGGUCACCCUGGUGAUAUCAUGUUUAUUAAGAGCAACCCACAUCUCUCCUAAGCAAGGAUCUUCUUGUUGCGAUGCAGAAAGUUCCAUAGUGCUCAAUCUGGGCAUGUUAGACGUCAGCAUGCUCAGGUUACAGUAUGCUUGAGGCACAGCAUGCAUAGAGGCUCCCAACUGAUCAAUCACUCUACUAUGAGAUGAUCCAGGAGUUAUUCUAACAACAUUAGACAUCUGGCACAUGGCUCUAACACCGGAUGCAGGAAUGUCUCUCCAAUCUUGUUCCACUGCAUAUUGCUGAUGAGGGCGGCGAGAAUAAAGCAUCGGCAUCUAUGUUCUGCCUGCCUGGCCUGUACUUGAGACUAAAGUCAUAGGUAGACAACGCAGCCAGCCAACGAUGACCAGUGGCAUCCAGUUUUGCGGACGUGAGGACCAUAUGUCAAUGGGUUGUUUGUCUGUUCUAACCUCGAACUUGACCCCAUACAGGUAAUCAUGUAGUUUAUCAACCACGGCCCACUUCAACGCAAGAAACUCUAACUUGUGAGCUGGGUAGUUGCGUUCAGAAGCGGUCAGGCUUCGACUCACAAAUGCCACAGGACGCAGACCCUCACCUUGGUCUUGGUACAGUACUCCACCUAACCCUUCGCGGCUAGCAUCUACAUGUAGAACGUAUGGUAACUGAGGAUCAGCAAAAGCCAACACAGGAGCUUUUGUGAGGCUUUCCUUCAAUGUCUCGAAUGCCAAUUCACACUUCUCAUUCCACCUUGAUCCAAAUGGUUCUGAGUUAUUGAAGUAGGCUUUCACCUCUUUCUUGGACUUUCUCCCUUUCUUGCCUGCGGGAAGAUAUCCACAUAAGAGCUGAUUCAGGGGGUAACUCACUUUAGAGUAGUCUUUCACAAAUCUCCUGUAAUAUCCACAGAAUCCUAGGAAAGAACGCAGAGCAGUCACAGUUUUCAGGCUUUGGCCACGUGGUGACAGCUUCAAUUUUUGAUGGGUCUGUGGCCACUCCAUUCUGGGAUAUGAUAUGUCCAACAUAGUUGACAGAUGUGCGGCAAAACUGACACUUGUCAAGGGACAGUUUUAAGCCUUCACUUUUCAAGCGGUCCAACACCUUGAGCAACCUCUGCUCGUGUUCUUCCAGCGUCCUUCCAAACACGAUUAAGUCGUCAAGGUAAACAAGAACUUCGAGUAGAUUCAUGUCUCCAACUGUCUGUUCCAUGACACGUUGAAAUGUUGCAGGUGCUCCAGACACACCCUGUGGCAACCUCUCAAAUUGGUAGAAUCCAACUGGACAGAUAAAUGCAGUCUUCUCUUUAUCUAUGUCACCCAUUGGGAUUUGAUAGUCUCCGCUUCGGAGAUCUAACACACUGAACCAUUUGCUCCCACUCAAACAUGUCAGAGCAUCCUCCACACGUGGGACUGUGUACUGGUCGGGAACAGUGCGCUUGUUGAGGGUCCUGUAAUCAACACACAUGCGUAUGGUGCCAUUCUUUUUCCUCACCACCACAAUAGGAGAUGCUUAGGGGCUUCUCGACUCAGAUAUGAUCCCAGAACUUUUCAAGUUAUUUAGAUGCUUCCUUACAUCUUCAACAUCAGCUGGAGCCAAGCGGCGAGAUCUCUCCCUAAAUGGUUUGUCUUCAGUAACUCUGAUGGUGUGAUGAGUACUCUUUGAACAACCCACAUCAAACUCAUGUGUUGAGAACACUUCUUUCCGUUUCCAUCAUCUUUUCACAUAACCUCUUCUUCCAUCCCUCAGGCACUGGAGAAUCUCCAAAGUUGAAUGAAGAAGACGUCAAUUUCUCAGAUGAAUCCUGCUCUCGUUUCAAUGGAAACCCAGGAGCAAUAUCUACAGGAAACAGAUGAGCAAUAGGCAUACCUCAUUUCAGAGUGAUCUCCUUUGUCGAGACAUUCCUGACAGUAAGGGUGAUUCUUCUAGACGACACAACUGCAACCGUCUGGAUUUCAGGCCUCACUAGUAGUUCUUCAGGGAACCGGGGUUCUUCAGGCCUCUCUACCAGAAGGGUUUGAGUAGACGGUAUCCCAGGAAACUUUGGAAUUCCAGUAACUCUCGCCUGCCCACCAGGUGGCAGGGUGACAGGUUUUGUCUGUGCGAACCAGACCGUUCCUCUCUUCUCAUCAUCAUCAGUUGAGGUUUCUCUCAUCCUCUCAUAUGCCUCCUUGAUAGCAGGAUGAACUUGUAGUGUGCUAAGGAAACCUUCACCUUCCUUUUCUCUGCAAGCAGUCAUAAGUCUCUUCACUACAGACGUAUUUGUGCCGACCAGAAUAGACACGUCACCUUUCAUGGCUGGAUCUGGACAUACCAACACAAGUGCUUCAAUGGUCUCUGCUACGCCCACAACCGAUCCCGAGAACUCAAGCUUGAGCGACAAAUAGCCAUCAUAUGGAUACUGCUCAGAGCUAAGGCCCCAUAUCUCUAAGUUUCCUAUAGGAAUCAAUGGCAAAUGCGUCAGGUACUUGUCAUAAAAGGAUCUGUAAAGUAGAGUAAUCUGAGAACCACUAUCUAGUAAAGCUUUAGCAUAGACACCUUCAAUCUGUACAGAAACGACAGAACUUGGGCCAACUAAACCUGUAGGUAGCAUGUCUUUCAUGUCUUCAUACUUGUGGCACUUUGUGGAACGUAUCUUCACCGGGACGUCAGGCCGCUCCUUUACUGGGUCCCUCUGUAGUUUCCCAUAGACCGUUUUUGUUUGAUCAGGCGUGUGUUGACUUUCCUCAAGUUCUCUUCACCUUCACAGUUUCUCUUGAAAUGGCCAUCUUCUCCACAUCUAUAACAGAACACUCCAUGGUUUCUGUCGGCCUGUGUCUGUUCUUGUGAUGGAUUUACCCUUUUCUUUUUGCUUCUAAAUGCAACAUCUGACCUUUGUGUGUCAGAGUGAGCUGCUGUGACGUUAGCAGACAUGAGACAUGUCAUUUCAAUUUUCAAACCUUUUAGCUCUUUUCUCAGCACUUCUAUCUCAGUAUUAGCUUCUUCACAAACUGUAGCAACAGGAGCAACAGCUGAUGACUUCACAACACUCUUCGUUGUGUUCCUGUCUUGAAUCAUGUCCUCCUCCUCCCUUACUUCCUGCAGCAGCUCAGUAAAGGUUGGUGGAUCACGCAGCUUAUAGGUCAUGCGAAUACGAAGCGCAACCAUGUCAUGUGAGGAUGCACCUCUCACUACUUGGCCAAUGCGUGUGCGAUUCAUCUCUGACAGCUCAAUGCCUCCUUUUCGAUAUACAUUGUGCAGCAAUUUGUCAAGUCUCAACAGGUAAGCUGAAAGCUUCUCUCCUUCACUCUGGAAUGUGUUUCUGAACCUUACCAUGAGAUCAGGUGCACUUUCGGUGGUACCGAAUGCGGUUUCUAGAGCCUUCACGUAUUCGAUCACUGUAGCAUGGGGGUUUCCGGUCCUAAAGAACCCCACAAUGUCAGCAGCAGGCCCUUUAAGACUUUCUAUUAUUCUCUGUUUUUUCACAUUGUCGGUGCACUGCCAUUCCUCUAGAAAAUGGGUGGUUUGCUCAGCCCAUGCAUCAUACUCUUCCUCUCCACUAGGAGUGGGCUUCACACCUGAGAACAUACGUAGCUUACGGUAACUCUGAGUCUCAGAUGGCACAUUGUUGCAUUUUUCUACCAGUGAACUUAUGGCAGUAACCAGUUCAGCGUUGAGGUCAGCACCAGAGGGACUUACCAGGCCUUUAACAUCAGCCACAGUCUUCCCUUCAUAUCUCAGAAAGGAUAAUAGCUUUGCCUGGAAGUCUUCACCCUCUUUCUCAACUGGAGAUGUGACUUGUGAAACUACAUGUACAGGCCAGGGACCCAACUCUCCAGGUAUCCCAACAACACUUGGCACAGCUAUUUCGUUAAGGUUGUUUGAUAUCUCUACCAAAACAUACUGCUUUUUACCAGCUGAAUAAGAACAACGACCAUGCAGUCUAAUUUUACCAAAAGCCUUAACAUAAGUCAGCAUUUCCAGCAGAACCUCAUCAGACACAUCAUCUGUAACACUGCUAAGGACAACUGCACGAUUAGUAGCUAGCUGUUUCUCUCUACACCAGGUAACAAUCUCUUCAACAUGCAUGUUGUAGGUUUAUGCCUAUACAGCAAUGUCAGAAGAAAAUCCAAAAUUUCCAUUCAAAAUUGUCUAAUGGGGAGUCAAAAAUAUCCCAUCAACAAUAACCAAGAUCCCGGACGAGCCCCCAAAAAUGUAACCCUCUCACCAGGCUCGAAUUUGACUCUCACGAUAUUACCUUAUUUAGAAUAUCUGAACAGCAUGGGAUAUUAGGUGAGAAGGACAUCUCCAAUAACAAUCCCUAUUGUAAACUUGCUAGGGUGAAUGACAAAUAGGGUAUUAACUUCAGAUAGAAUGAUUAUAGACUUGGUUAUUGUUAUAAGGAUAUGCUUUCCCAUGCAUUAAAUGAAACUGAAACAGUAAAUGACUCCACCAAUACAACAGACAUAAGGUUCAAGAUCUAUAUUAAUCAAAUGUUCAAUGUAUCACAUCAAAAGAAAUAAAAAUAAUAAACCCCAAUGAUUUUUCCACAACCCAUGUCCAAAUUAUUUGCAAGCUUGCUUAAACCCUGGGCGCGCGUUGGAGCUCAUAAAAAAAAUGACGACAUACAUAAAGUCCCGAAGUCCACCCCACAUUUGUAGUUACUCACUACUUGUAGAUAAUGCCUCAGCAAAAUAUAGUAGUUCCGUGCAGGUGUCCUCACAAGAUCCACAGCGAACACAGCUAUCAAUGCAGCCAGUACUCGGUAGCAGCAACAGACAUCCGUUGGAAACCCGAACUCGUUGAUCGUCACAAGCAAUUCUCUCCAAGUCUUGCACGAUGCUAGGCUAACCUGUAGGAUGUCGAAUGUCUCCACAAUGCGACGGCAGCUUCAGUCUCUACUAGGUCUUUCUUAAUGAAAUAAUAAACACUCUUUUAUAUAAAUAAAAUCAGGAUUUCCCUUUAAAAAACUCUGUAGGUAUGUUUUUGUUCUCUCUUUAUCGUUUCCUUUGGUCGUUUUUCCUUCACCAACCCCACUAACGUCUCUCCUCUCCCUUCUUUCAACGUUUCCCUCUCUUUUCUUUUCUUUCCCAGCAACCAGUCCACUCUCCCAUUGGCCACAACUUAACAAGUUACCUCAUUGGUCAAAACUUUAACGAGAUACGUGGGAAACUUAAACUUAAAAGUAAACCAACCUAUUCACUUGUAAAACAUUUUUAAACAUUGCUUCAAAAGACAUGCAUUAAUGACAUUACAAAUCAGGAGCUAUUCGAUCACCUUUUAAAUCUAAUACCAAUGAAUUAUAACAAAUAAACUCUAUACUUGGUUUUAGCAAGGUAUUACAUAAGCAUCUGGGAAAGCGAGAGAGCGGGGCCUCCCUCACAUUUCACUGAAACACUCAAAUAUAACUCUCCCAACUUCCACUUUAGAUUAAUAGACUUUAGUUAGUGUCUGGUCUGUUAGCGAUGUUACCAAACAGACUAGUUCUGUCUCUUACCUCUAGUUAGCGUCUGGUCUAUUAGCGAUGUUACCAAACAGACUAGUUCUGUCUCUUACCUCUAGUUAGCGUCUGGUCUAUUAGCUGUUAGAUCAUUCUACUGCCAAUGUUUGUCUAUGGAGAUUGUAUGGCUGUGUGCUUGAUUUUAUACACCUGUCAGCAACGGGUGUGGCUGAUAUAACCGAAUCCACUCAUUUUAAAGGGUGUCCAUAUACUUGUAUAUAUGUAGUGUAUGACAGGUACUAAUUAGCAAUAUAGCCUAAGUCAUUAGCUUGGCUUUUAGAACAUAUAAGGCUUAAGCAGACAGACAGACAGACAGACAGACAGACAGACAGGCAGGCAGGCAGACAGGCAGGCAGGCAGGCAGACAGGCAGGCAGACAGGCAGGCAGACAGACAGAGAACAAUAAGAAGCACAGAGUGACAUAAGAUCACUCUGACAUAAGAUGCAGAGACAUAUCAACAGCACAACAGGGAGGCAAACAAAAUGACUAGAGCAGAUGCACAGUUAUAGUCUCCAGUGGUGUUUUUACAUAUUGUAUUUAUUUUAAACACGAGCUGGUUAAAAAAUUUGAGGAGGACCAUGUCUCGUCAGUCACUGGUACAGCAAUGGUUGAGAAACGCUGUACUGUACUGCCAAUGUUAUGUGUCAGCACUACUGCCUGUGUUCAAGUAGGGUCAGGGUAGGGUGUAUGUGUGGGGAUGGGAUGUGUGUGUAUGGCUGGGGAUGAGUUGGCGGCGUGCACAGUGAUGUGGGCUGGUGUGGAUAAAAUACCUGGGCCGGAUUCUUUUCCCAGUCCACCCCUUCUGGUGCAAUAAUGUAAUGUUUUGAAGCCAAUAUCAUGACACUCAUAAUUUGGCUUACACCAUUCCCUCUUUCUGACAUGCUGCCCGAACCCUCAGCAUCACAAUGCAGGUGAACACAUUGACAUUCAUUACAGUAGUGGGUGUGGCAGUAUGUGGUAGUAGGUAUGGCAUGUAAGCUAUCAUGCAUGUAAACCAACUGUUUUGCGACACAUUCCCCUGAGCAUCCUGGCAGUGGCCAUUCCAGGGGUUCCUAAACGUGCGGCUGUCUGUGUGUGGGUGUCGCUGUCACUCUCUCUGUCAAUCAGCCAGCAGUAAAUUAAUGACAAAAGCUUUAGAGUGGUUAAUUAUUGUCAUUAUAACAAUUGUGAGGAUACCUUUCAGCAGUCCAAUUAAUAUUUUGGUUGGUUUUUACAUGUUAAGUUAUGCAACCUGGUCUGAGAAUUUCAUAUUAUUCUGUACGUACAUCCGUGACACUCCAUUUGUGAAAUGCUCAAGCAUUAAUCUCACCUGCCUUAUCUUGUGACGUAGCAAAAGUCUAGCAAAGACUGUUUAGGUGUAAGUCUGAGCAGAGAUGCAUUAACUGUGUGCAACUGUGUGUGUUUGUGUGUGGAUGUUUCACCCACAGAGCUGGGAGAGGAAGUGGUUUUUCUCUGCUAGCUUCACCUCACAAAAGUUUUCAUUAACAGAUAUAUCACCACAUACAGAUAUUAUAUUAAUGUGAGGCAGUUUUGUAAUUAGUAAAUGCAACAAUUCCAACAAUAAAAAUGGUUAAAAUAUAAAGUUGAAAUAUAUUUUUAAUUUGGCUCCUACAAAAUGAUAGGGAAAAUCGUCCUUGAGGAUCUUUCAAUGUACAUUUUAUUGUUGUGCAACAUCAAACCCUAUAAGAUUAAAUGUCUUAUUUUAGAGGGAAUUUUGCUUUUAAAAAUCACAUUAUAAACUGAUAGUAAAGACAAACUGUACCUCACUUAUUUGUUGUUAUUGUUUUUACAGGUUAUAGUGAGGACAUUGUUCUUGAUAUGCCGCUGUAAAUAUACUUCAGAAAUCAUGGUGAGUCAAAUAAUUUAUAACAUUCCCUGACAUUUUAUAACCUUUCAUGCUUCCCAUUAAAGGGGCAAUCUGAGAUUGAUACAUCCAUUUUUGUACUUAAAUAAAUGAUAUAUUCCAUUGAUUCAUGAAGAAUAUAACUUAUAAAAGCCUUGUGUGCUUAGGUCAACUGUCGUACCCCAACAGAACCCAAAAUAUAAGCUCAUUUUACUUCAUUGUUAGUAAACAAUAUAAUUGUAAACAAACCCUGUAUAGUAUUUUUAUAUCAUAGCUGGUCAGUCCUUGCAACCAUAGCUCUAUCUAUGAAUUUGAGAGUGGUAACAUUUCUCCAGCCCCAUCCCUCAGCUUUUUACAAAAACAAUGGCGGGUGACCUCUUUGUUAAUGUUUGAAAAGCAGAUUGCCCCUUUAAAGAGCAGGAGCCUUGAGGGAGUCUGUUCUCCUAAAAACAUCUAUCCUGGGGUGUAUUCACAGUGUAAAUAAUCUGAGGCUAUAACCAUAGAUAUUUUGUCUUACCAGAUUCUUAGUCCACUUUGGAUGGAUACUGCACACAUGCUAAUGUAACUUUUACAAACGGUUGCUGCUUAAUGAUAAUGACUACAAUUGAUAUUUCAUUUUAUUUGAUUGUUGACAUCUUACUAGAACGGGGAAAGUCAGCAAAGACGUUACUCCAAAAGCUUGGUCCUGGAGGAUUCAGACAGAGGAGGAGUUGUCAUCACUGGAAGCACAGACCCUAGUGUCACUGAUAAGAGUGGCUUAAAAGAAGGUAAAAUGUCACAUACUAGUUCCUUUCUGAUCAAAAACAUUCCUAAUUAUAAGAUGUGAAUCAUAAUAGAUCAUUAUUAGUAAAAGUUUUUUUUUAAAUGACAGAGCCUUUUUUCUCUACUCUUUUAGACAAUGAGACUGUUGCUGUCACCAUAAAUCUGAACCACCUCAGUAAAGAUGACAGGAUACAAUUACUCAAGAUCAUGGAGCCUUACAAUGACAACAUGAGAGUUAUGACAAAGCAGGAUCUGAAAGCCAGCGUCAGUCUCUGCUCAUUGGACGGUGGCCUCAAAGGUCCUGGGGAUGUAAGUGUCAGAAUCAAAUUUACUUGAUUUAUGCCAGCAGUCAUUGCACUAUGCUGACAUAAUAGUUCCAAGGUUAUUUUGAAGAAUUAUGCCAAUAAUGUAUUAUGGAUCAAUACCUUAGUAUUUGCCCACUAAGUACCACAUAGCACUAUGCUUUAUUUACUAUUUGAUUGUCUACAGAUGCUCAAGGAUACCUACAGCAGAAUGCAGCGAUCAGUUGAGACACCAACUAUUGAGGUCGAUGGCCUCAGUGGACAAUUAAAUGCUGAAGGGAGGUUGAAGAGUGAAAUCAAUGGUACCACUUUGAAUGGGGAAUUGCCCAAUGUGACAUUGGACACACCUGGAACUGAUGGUGAUGCAAAGUUCACAAUGUCCACCAUUGGAAUGUCUAGGCCUGUAAUGAAAGGAGCAGAUCUUGAUGGCACCCUCAGAUGCCCUGAAGACAGUCUAUCAAUACCAAAGCUCCGCACUCCAGAUGCCUCACUUGACUUGGAGAAACCAGAGGUUAAGACGAAUGGAUUGAAGUACAAGCAUCCAAAAUUAAAAAUGCCUCACUUCAAUCUACCACACAUAAAAGCCAAAGCACCAAAGGAAGACGUGAACGUAUCAGCAGAUUUAGAAGGCCCUGGUCUCAGUGGAGAGAUGGAGACACCAGACCUGAACCUUUCAGCCCCUGAUGUGGAAAUUAAAGCCCCAAAUGUAGAUUUUAAUGGUCCAAAUGCUGACUUGAAAGCUCCAGAUUGUGACAUAGAGGCUCCUUCAGGCAAAUUCAAAUGGCUAACUCUAACAAAGCCCAAGUUUGGAUUAUCUGGAACAAAAGUGAAGGGACCUGACGUGGACAUAGAUGCUGGCCUGUCUGCACCUGACGUGAAUCUCUCCACUCCCAACAUUGAUGGAGAGAUAAGCGCAUCAGAUGUAGAUCUGAGUUCACCAAAAGCUGAGGUAGAUCUGCAAGCUCCAGAUAUCAACAUUGAGGCUCCCUCAAGUAAAUUCAAAUGGCCUCAUUUAAAGAAACACAAAUUUGGUCUUCAUGGGCCAAAAGUCAAAGCCCCUGAUGUGGAUGUUAAGGCAGAUCUGGAGACACCAACCGUUGAUCUUUCUGCCUCAAAGAUUGAGGGUGAGAUGAGCACCCCAGAUUUAGAAUUGAAUUUACCCAAAGCAGACCUCAGUGGCCCUGAUGUUGACAUUCAUCCUCCCACUGGCAAAUUUAAGUUCCCAACACUCAAAAAGCCUAAAUUCAGGCUCUCUGGACCAAAGAUAAAAGCUCCAGAUGUUGAUGCAGAUCUGAAGGCACCUGACCUCAGUCUCUCUGUCCCUGAUGUUGAUGCAGGGCUUGACACGCCUGAUUUGGACAUCAAUUUGCUAAAUGCAGAUAUUGAAGGCCCUGAAGUAGACCUUAACGCACCAGAAGUGGACAUUGAGCCCCCUUCAGGGAAAUUCAAAUGGCUUACUCUAAAAAAGCCCAAAUUUGGACUCUCUGGACCCAAGAUUAAGGGACUCGAAGUGGACAUAGAUGCUGACCUGUCUGCACCUGACUUGAAUCGCUCCACUCCAAACAUUGAUGGAGAAAUAAGUGCACCAGAUGUAGAUCUUAAUUUACCCAAAGCUGACCUUGAAGCUCCAGAUGUAGAUCUUCAGGCACCAGAGGUCAACGUUGAGGCACCCUCUGGAAAACAUAGAUUUCCAACUUUUAAAAUGCCCAAAAUUAACUGGUCUGGACAUAAGGUGAAGGGACCAGACCUUGAUGUGGAUGCUGAUCUGAAGACACCAGAUUUGGACCUUUCAGCAAUUGAAGGUGACAUCGCUGUUCCAGAUCUCAAUGUCAGUUUGCCUGAAGCUGACCUCAAAGGACCAGAUAUAAAUGUAGACCUUGAUGCUCCCUCUGGAAAAUUGAAGUUACCGAAAAUAAAAUGGCCAAAAAUUAGAAAAGUAAAAGGACCGGAGAUUGAUGUAGAUGCUGAUCUUAACACCCCAGAAUUAAAUGUUGAUGUUAACUUACCCGAAGCAGAUCCGAAAGGGCCUGAUGUCGGCUUAAAAACACCAGACCUCAACCUCUCAGCACCAGAAAUUGAGGGAGACAUUGCUGUUCCAGAUCUCAAUGUGAGUUUGCCUGAAACUGACCUCAAAGGACUGGUUGUGGAUAUUCAAGCCCCAGAUGUCAACCUUGAUGCUCCCUCUGGAAAAUUAAAGUUGCCUAAAAUCAAACUGCCAAAUGUUGGUUUAACAGGGCCAAGAGUUAAUGGACCAAACCUGGAUGCUAAUCUAAAGGCCCCAGAGUUGGACGUCUCUGUUCCUGAUGUGGAUGUCAAUUUGCCAACAGCUGACCUCCAAGCCCAUGUUGUAGAGCUGAAAACACCAGACCUGGAUCUUUCUGCCCCCCAAAUUGAGGGAGCCAUCGCUGCUCCAAAUUUGAGUAUUAGUUUGCCUGAAGCUGACAUCAAAGGUCCAGAGGUAGAUCCUCAAGCUCCAGAUGUUGACCUUAAUGCUCCCUCUGGAAAAUUCAAGUUACCUAAAAUCAAACGGCCAAAUUUUGGUUUAACAGGGCCAAGAGUUAAAGGACCAAACAUGGAUGCUAAUCAAAAGGCCCCAGAGUUGGAUGUCUCUGUUCCUGAUGUGUAUGUCAAUUUACCAACAGCUAACCUCCAAGCCUGUGUUGUAGAGCUGAAAACACCAGACCUUCCUGCCCCCAAAAUUGAGGGAGCCAUCGCUGCUCCAUGUCUUGAUAUUAAUGUGCCUGAAGUAGACCUUAAAGCCCCUGAUCUCGACAUUGAGGUUCCAUUAAUUGAGCUUAAGAUACAAGAUUUAGACAUAUCAGUUCCAGAGGUCGAUGUGAAUUUACCAAAAGUAGACCUUCAAGGUCAUGACCUAGACCUGAAAACAAAUCAUAAACUGGAGGGACCCAACCUUGACGUUGAUGCACCUGUCAUAAAUAUUUUAGUUCCCACAGUUGAGACUGGGCUUGUAGCCCCAAAGGUAGAUUUAGAUAUACCUCAAGCAGAUCUAAAUCUAUCUGCUCCUAAUGUUGAAAGUGAUAUCAGUGCACCAGAUAUAAAUCUAAGUUUACCAAAAGCUGACCUCUCUGGCCCUGAGGUAGAGUUGAAUGCUCCUGAUCUUAAUCUCUCUACCCCAGAGAUUGGAGUAAGUGUCCCAGACAUUGAUCUGAGUGUGCAGGGAGACAUUAAAAGCCCUGAGGUCGAAUUGAAAGCUCCAGAUGUUGACAUUGACGCUCCCUCUGGAAAACUGCCUUAUUUUAAGAUGCCAAAGUUUGGUCUCUCAGGACCUAGAAUAAAGGUACCAGAACUUGAUGCCUAUGCAGAUGUGAAUACGCCUGAUGUGGAAGUUUCUGUCCCCAAAGUUGAGGGAGAGAAUAGUACACCUGAACUGAGUCUCUCUGCUCCUGACGUUAAGGCCAAUGUUGACAUGCCAGAUUUAGACGUCAAUUUACAUGACGCUGACAUCAAAGUAGAUGACACUCACAAAAGUAAGUUAAAAUGGCCAUUAAAGUGGCCAAGCUUUGAUUAUUCUGGCUCAAAAGGUAAGGAUUCUGACGUGGACAAUGAGGAAGAGCAGAGUGGGGAUAAAACAGAGAGUGGUCAGGUAGAGGUACCAAUGUUUACCUUUCACAGACUUCCACAGAACAACAAGAUUGAGAGUGCGCUCAAAGAUGCUGCUGAGGCCCUUUUUGAGGCCAUUGACACACCAAAGCUUGAAGGAGGCCUUGAUACAGCUAGUACAGAGGUCAGUUUGUCUAAAGUGAAUGUAUCUUUGAAUGAAGGAGGGAAAGAGACAUCACCUUCAGGACCUAUUAACAUCAUGGAGCGGUUGAAGGUGUUCAAAGCAAAAAUCAACUCAGAUGCACUGGACUCAUCGGAUGGAAACAAUAGCAUAUCAAUAAGCCUCUCCAAUAUGCUUGGUCUGAAUAUCACAGAUCCCGAUGCAGAUUAUUCC